AUGGCGAACAAGCAAGGGAAAAUGCAAAAUUUGGUAUACUACUCCAACGCACCCGCCCAGAAGCAACCACUAAUUGACGAACAGAUCAACUAUCGCAUGCGUGUGACCAUGAAUGAUGGCCGGCAGAUGACGGGUCAAAUGCUUGCGUUCGACAAACACAUGAAUCUUGUCCUCGCCGACACUGAAGAAUUCCGCAAAGUCAAACGCAAGCAGGCCAAACCCUCCGCACCUGCCGCGCCCGGAUCAGCAGCAGCAACAACCGUCGAGUCCGAAGAAAAACGUACCUUGGGCCUGGUGAUUCUCAGAGGAACAAACAUUGUGAGCUGCAGUGUUGAGGGACCUCCUCCGUCGGACCCCUCUUCUCGUCUCGGCCAGUCUGCGCCCGGUGGUGCUCCUGCUGCUCUGCAAGCUGGAAGCGGAGUUUCUAGACCGGCAGGUCGAGGACUCCCUGUCGGCCUGGGUGGACCAGCAGCUGGCGUCGGAGUCGGCGGUCCACCACCAACAGGAGGGUUUGGCUUCCCCCCUGGUGGAUUUCCUGGAGGAGCGCCGCCCCCGGGUUUUGGAGGAAGGGGAGGCCCUGGAGUUCCGCCCCCGAGCGGCGGUCCACCACCAGGCUUUGGCGGACCUCCACCGGGUUUCGGUGGUCCUCCAGGUGGUCCUCCCGCCGGAUUUCAGCCACCUCCCGGGUUCCAAGGUGGUCCACCUGGACAAGGGAGAGGAUUUCCGCCGCCAGGAUUUGGAGGAAGGUAG